AUUUCUUUAUAACACCAAACGGCAUGGACUAGAGCAGGAAGUGUGCGUAUUUGUGUUCUUGUUUGUACUUCAUUCAUUGAUACUUUGUCGCUAUGUAUUUUAUACAGCCAGCUGUGAGCGCGUGAACUUGGUUGACCAUGUCCAGAUGUUGAUCUCAGACAGAUUUCUAAUCCAUGGGAUUAAAUGCCGCCGCCGCCGCUGCUACUGCUGUGUUGGGUGAAGUACUGUAUGCUGCAUUAACGUCCUCCUCGCCAUGAAACGCGUCGUUUUAUUUCUGGCGUCUUUAUUUUUGACGGAGUGUUCAAGGAGACCCAUUAGAGAUGUCCUAGACGGCGAGUACGACCAGCUCAGCUCAAUGCUGUCAGACUUUGAUGUUCUUCAUCUGUCAAAUCUUCAACAACAUUCAGUUCGCAAGAGAAACGUCCAGUCGCACACACAUGCAGAGAGGCUUCUCAGUUUCACAGCAUUACAGAGGCAUUUCAAAUUGUACCUGGCAACCAACACCGAGCUUUUCACUCAUGACUUCAAUGCCAUGGUGGUUGGGGAGGAUGGCACUCAGGAGAUUUAUGAGGUCCAGAGGGAAAACUUUUUCACCGGUCAUGUCGUUGGAGAGGUGAAUUCUCGAGUCCAAGCACAUAUCGGCGACAAUGACUUCACUGCCCACAUUCUUACUGAUGAAGCUGAAUACAAUGUUGAGCCACUGUGGAGGUUUAUUGAAGACCCUCGGGAUGGUCGGCUACUCGUGUAUCGCACUGAGGACAUCAGAAAUGUGAGCCGGCUGGCAGCUUCUAAAGUGUGCGGCUAUAUCAACGCAGAUGCUAGUGAGAUGCUGCCAGAGAGUGUGCAGGCCAGAGUACUAGAUGAAGAUGAUGAGGAGGAGGAGGAUGGGCACCUGAGAGAGAGGAGGCAAACCUUGGACCACAGUAAGAACACUUGCCCCUUGCUGCUUGUGGCUGACUACCGCUUUUUCAGACACAUGGGCCGUAGGGAGGAGAGCACCACCCUCAACUACUUGAUUGAGCUGAUUGAUCGUGUGGAUGACAUUUAUCGGAAUACAUCAUGGGACGAGGAGUAUAAAGGGUAUGGAGUUCAGAUUCAGCAGAUCAUAAUUAACAAGACACCCACACAAGUAGAGCCGGGAGGUGCCCACUUCAACAUGAAAGGGACCCCGGUGAAGAACAGAGAUGUCUGGGAUGUCAAGAAGCUGCUGGAGCAAUUUAGUAUUGACAUCGCAGACAAUGCAUCAAAGGUGUGCCUGGCUCAUCUGUUCACAUAUCAGGAUUUUGACGAAGGCACAUUAGGCUUGGCUUACGUGGCCCCGUCCAAACCCGGCUUUCCUGGAGGGCUCUGCUCUGAGAAGUGUCCUCCUUCAGGAAACGACAACCGUGCAAUAUACCUUAACACUGGUCUAACCAGCACCAAAAAUUAUGGAAAAACCAUUCUUACUAAGGAAGCAGACUUGGUUACAACCCACGAGCUUGGCCACAAUUUUGGUGCUGUGCAUGACCCAGAUGAUGUGCCAUACUGUGCACCGAGAGAGGAUCAGGGGGGCAAAUAUGUAAUGUACCCUAUUGCAGUGAGCGGGGACCACUCUAACAAUAAACUGUUUUCCAACUGUAGUAAGAUCUCCAUAGCAAAGAGACUGCGGUCCAAAGCCCCCACCUGCUUCAGAGAGAGGAACGUCAACGUGUGUGGAAACUCACGGGUGGAGGAAGGGGAGGAGUGUGAUCCUGGACUGCUCCACCUCAACAGUGACCGCUGCUGCACUGCUAACUGCAAACUGCGGCCCAGUGCGGAGUGCAGUGACAGGAACAGUGCAUGCUGCAAAGACUGCAUGUUUGAGAAGCAUGGCAAGGUGUGUCAGGAGCCAAUGGAUGCCACUUGCAAGGGCAGGUCUUACUGUACUGGCAACAGCAGUGAGUGCCCUCCUCCAGAGAACCUCCCAGACAAGAACAUCUGUGUGGAUAACGGGCAGUGUCUGAAUGGAGAGUGCAUCCCUUUCUGUGAGGCCGUUAAGAACCUGCAGUCGUGUGCUUGCAAUGACACAAACAACUCUUGUAAGGUGUGCUGCAGGGAUAAGAGUGGUGUGUGCUCACCCUAUGUUGACAACAAGGGCAGCCCCCUCUUUCUGCGGAAAGGCAAACCCUGUACACUGGGCUUCUGUGAUGGAGCCGGCAAAUGCAUGAAACAGGUCCAGGAUGUUAUAGAGAGGUUGUGGGAUUUCAUUGAGAAGCUCGACAUCAAUACUUUUGGGAAGUUCUUGGCAGACAACAUUGUUGGCUCAGUGGUGGUCUUCUCUCUGCUCUUCUGGAUUCCUCUCAGCAUUCUGGUGCACUGUGUGGAUAAGAAACUUGACCAGCAAUAUGAACUGAAUACCAAGUCACUCUUCUGCCCCAGUAACACAGAGCUGCUGAGCAGUCUAGAAUCAGCAUCGGUGCGGAUCUUCAAACCAACAUCCUCCUCUGGCAUCUCUGCUGUGCCACGCUUCCAGGCAUCUGGCCCUCUGCAGACAAGCACCCCACCUGUCUCCCUCUCCCAGGUGGCUCCAGCCCCAGCCCCGUGUCCUCUGCCCACCAUGGAGCCCCAACGCAUGGCAACCAUCCAAGAAGAUCCCAGCUACGAUUCCCAUCUAGAUGAGCAAGCCCUGGGAGAGGACUUCCCUACCUCAGGCUCUGUGUCACACUCCUUUGAUGAUCUGACGGAUAACCGAGAGAACAUCAUGUCCUUCAGGGCGAAGAGACAUGCACAGAGUAACAGCAAAGAGACAGAAUGUUGAGUGCAUGAUUGGGAUGAAUGAACGAAAGAGGGAGUAUAUUAUUGGGAAUGCUCAAAGGUGAGCAUUGGGAUGUAAUAUAUGCUUACAGUUCCAGUAUUACAAAUAUCCAGAUUGCAGUAUGAUUUAAGAGCGCUGGACUUCUAUUAAGGAACAAAAGGCACAAUUUGUUCAGUGACCAGGCAUUAGAUGGGAAUUAAUCCUGUUUGGAUUAUGCAAUACGCACACACACACUGGAUAUCAACAGGGUUAAACACACAUGACCAGUUUCAUUGUUAAAGGAACAGUUCACCCAAAAAUGAAAAUUCUGUCAUCAUUUACUCACCCUCAUUCCAUCCCAGCUGUCUAUGACUUUCUUUUUUUAGAAUUUUUUAGAAUUUUUAGAAAAAUAUCUCAGCUCUGUAGGUCCAUACAAUGUUAGUGAAUGGUGAUCAGAAUUUUGUAGUGCCAAAAAUCACAUAAAGCAAACAUAAAAAUAAUCCAUAUGACUCUAGUGGUUAAAUCCAUAUCUUCAGAAGCAAUAUAAUAGGUGUGGGUGAGAAACAAAACAAUAUUUAAGUCUUUUUUUUACUCUAAAUCUCCAAUUGAACUUUCAGAUGAGAAAGUGAAACUAAACAGGCACCACAUGACAUUCAGGUGUAAAAGUGAAAGUUUCCUUUAUUUGAUUUUGGAGAUACAAAGGUCUGAUCACCAUUCACUUGCAUUGCAUGGACCAACAGAGCUGAGAUAUUUUUCCAAAAAUCUUUGUGUUCGGCUGAAGAAAGUAAGUCAUACACAUCUGGGAUGGCACGAGGGUGAGUAAAUGAGAGAAUUUUCAUUUUUGGGUGAACUAUCCCUUUAAAGGCUGUACAUGCCAGUACUGAGUUGUUUACAUGUCUGUUUUCGUCUAAGGGAUUUAGGAGACUCUAACAGAUCUUGAGUCCUGUUAUAUUAUGAAUAUACCCAUUAUGUUUUCUGAUAUUAAGUUUUACAUGUAUGUGCUCUGACAUUCACCUGCAAAUGGCAUUUUGUAACCUUUAAAAACCAUAAUCUGGUGCUCUCACUUUUUUACUGUUUGCAAAAGACAAUCUAACUCAUUUUUAGAGGCAUUUUUAUAUUUUCAGAUUUUGCCUAUGGGAAAUACUUGUUUGGUUUAUUGUGUGAGGACUGCUUUUUUGUACUGUGCUUGAAUGCCAACAUGUAACUGUUAUCAAUACAGUUGUACCAGAAGACAUAUUUUUUCACUGGCUCGUUGGCUUUGUAUGAAACACCAAAGUCAUUGUAUCCUUAAAAAGAGACAGUCAGCUUUAUUUCUUCAAACCAUUGUACUUUUCUGCAUCACAAUAUGCAAGAAUAUGUAUCUUGCAGGCUGCUCUUAAAUGAAUGUGUACUGAUAUUUAACUGCGCUGAGAACAGUAUCUAAAGUGCCUUGUAUUUCUGUUUUUUUCAUUUGUCUUAGAAAUAGUGUUUUACUCCAUGUGUUUUGUGACAUUUAUGUAAUAUAAAUUACAGCAAUA